CAACUGCUCCUAAUUUGGAUACAUCUGAAUUUUAAAAUGUUGAAGAGAAAAACUUCCAAUGUGUCAGAUAAGGAGAAAUGUCAAAAACCAAAGCGCACAAGUAGUUUUGGAAACUUUGACCGUUUUAGGCACCAUUCAGUAUCAAAGCCAGAUGAUUCAGUUGAGAUAUGUGAAGUGGAGACUGUAAGUGACAUUGGAGAUCCAGGACAAAAUAAAAUGGCAGGUAAUGGAGGAAGCCUGGGAAAGAAGAUGCGGGCCAUUUCCCUAACCAUGAAGAAAAAGAUGGGUAAAAAGUACAUCAAGGCACUCUCUGAGGACAUGAAUGAAGAAGGAAAAGAAGUCUGCUACUCGCAUAGUGACCCUGGGGAUGGAACACACAUGGAGAAGGUCUGCUUAAAAGCCAGUGACUCCAUGGACAGUCUCUAUAGUUUGAAUAGUGGACAGAGCUCUUCUAGUGGAGUGACUAGCUGUUCAGAUGGAACCAGCAACAGGGACAGCUUUAGACUUGAUGAUGAAGUCCCUUACACUGGACCAUUCUGUGGACGAGCCAAAGUGCACACCGACUUCACACCGAGUCCUUAUGACACUGACUCUCUCAAAAUCAAGAAAGGAGACAUUAUAGACAUCAUCUGCAAAACCCCCAUGGGUAUGUGGACAGGCAUGCUGAAUAACAAGGUGGGGAACUUCAAAUUCAUUUACGUCGAUAUUAUUUUGGAAGCGGAAGCUACACCUAGAAAGAUAAAGGCACACAGAGGGAGCAAAAGGGCCAAACCUAAAACUCUGCAGGAACUUUUGGAACGGGUCCAUCUUCAGGAAUACUCAUCAACCCUCUUGCUAAAUGGCUAUGAGACUUUGGAGGAUUUAAAGGAGCUACAGGACAGCCAUUUGAUUGAACUAAAUAUUACAAACCCAGAAGACAGGGCAAGGUUACUUUCUGCAGUUGAGAAUCUACAGGACUAUGAAACUGAACAAGAACAUGAAAAUGAGCAACAGCCCUUGUCCUUAAGCCCUGUUCUUAGCUUUAACAAGUCAGAGUUAAAUGACUGUCCGAGAGACUCUGGCUGUUACAUCUUAUCGGAAAAUUCAGAUAAUGGCAAAGAAGAGCUAGAUCCAGAAAACCUAUCGGACAUGCUACAGACGAUCACCAUCACUGAGACCAACUGAUAUAUGUGCUUUUCUGCAGCUUUGCAGACAGGACUAUCAGAUACAUUAAGCUAACUUGCUAGUAUGGCAACAGAGUAAUGGGCUGCAAAUAUUCUCAACAUCGAAUGGACUCUUAGGAUUUCCAGCUGAAGUACAAUAUUUUUGACUUUAUUCAAUAUAUGGACAUUGGGUACCUGAAUCUUGGUUGAUGAAAAUAAUGUCCCAUGCUAUCCUUGUUUGUUAAUUCUUGAACAGUUGACUGAAGGGAAAAUAAAUAACUGCAAUAUAUAGGGUAACCAGAUGUCCCAUUUUUAAAGGGACAGUCCCGUUUUUGGGGACUUUUUCUUAUAUAGGCGCCUAUUACUCCCCUCCCCCUUCCUGUUUUUUCACAGUUGCUAUCUGGUCACCCUAGCUAUAUAUAUAUAUAUUUGUAUAUUAAAUCGUUUCCUAUUAAAAGAAUAGGGAGUUAUUUUUAGGCAUUCUCACAUAGUUCUGGAUAUGUUAUCUUCUGAAACAUUCUGAAAUAUUGUAAAUAGUGUACAUAUUUAUUUUAAAAGCUAAAUAUUAAUUACUGUCCUUUUUUAUCUUCUGAUGAAUGUUUCUCUGAUAUUUGUACAAAACAUACUUUUCACCAGUACAGCAGCAUAAUAAAAAGGUGAUUAGGUUGAUAUUCUAUAGUAUUAUGAAAAAUACUGGGUCUGACUCACAUUUACAUUAAAGCUGCUUUACACCACUGUGCUGUGUAAACUGGCCGUAAAAUGGGCAUAAAUAUAAUUUACAGCCACUUGAAGGCCUCUUUACAUUACCAUGUGGUGCAAAGGGGCCUUAAUGUAAAUGAGAAUCAGGCCCUCUGUCUUCAGUAACCAUUAGGAUCAACUUGCAGUUUGAAUUUCGUACACAUUUAGUUUUUCUUUACUAUUUACAGUCUUUCUAAACAUUGUAAAAUGAAAGAGAGAGCUAUUAGCAACAAACUGAUAUCCACAACUGAGCUUUCAUUAGUAUUUUUGGUGAAACUCCUUCCUUGUGCACUUAGCGUGAAAUUUGUCAGUAGAAAUACUUGUUUGUAUGCAAAAGCCAAUAGCUGAUACGUUGGUAUAUAUUAUCAGUGUCCUCCAUAAAACAACUAAUCAUCAUUUCCCCAUGUAUUUUACACUGGAAUAUACCUUUUAUUUGCUUUCCCCCUCUUCUUGAAGUACUUCAUUUGACAAUAAACAGAACUAUGUGAUUGAGA